UAGAGCAACAGCCAUGGCUUCCAUUCACUUCUUCCCAAUUCUCCUCAUCAUCUCUCUCGCUCCCUCUUCUUUCUCUCCGGCGAUCGCCGGAGAUGAAGACUUGGCUUAUUUGCCCUGCGUGAAGGAGCUGCUGCCUUGCCAUCCGUACGUGCACGAACUGGAGCCGCCGCCGUCGCAUUGCUGUUUGCCACUGCUGAGCGCAAUACAGAAGGAGGCCGCAUGUCUCUGCGCCGUCUUCUACAGCGAACCUAUUUUGAUGGCUCUCAAUCUAACGCGGGACGAAGCGCUGAUGAUUCCACGAAGCUGCGGUGGUUAUGUACCGGAUUUCGACAGUUGCAAUGGCGGCGGCGGCAGCGGAGAUGUACCCGCACCAUGGCGUGCAACGCCACCGAACUCUUCGCCUACUUCACAAGAUGGACCCGAAUCCUCUGCUGCAACACCAGCAAAACCUUCACCUCCUUCAAACAGCUCAUCUCCAAGCAGUUCUAGCAAUGAAAAUAGCGCAGUGAGAGUGGGUCUUCCAAUUUUGGCUGGAGGAUUAGUUUCUGUGGCCAUAUUGGCUUUAAUGUAGUGCAGCCUUUCCUUCUUCUGCCUUUUAUUCUCUAGUCCAAAUUUGCAAAAACAUGUUGAAAGUUUGUCAUUUUUAGUUUUUAGAACAUCUUUGUUAUUAAAUGUAAGAGUUUCUUCAUUUUAUAACUUGGUUUAUUAAAUUAUGAAAGGUUUAUG